GCAUGCGCUCUCGAGUUUACAGGUGCCAUCUUGGAAAAUAUAUCCUCGGCCGCCGAGCGAAACAGAACAUUUGGAGCCGAGAAACUUGUCGAAAAAUGGCCGAGAAAGAGGGAAAGGAUGAUUUAACUACCACAAAACCGGAAACAGCCGAACAUGUGAAUAUGGAUGGAGACAGACAACCACAACCACCUUUAACUGUCAUGGAUACUGCAAAUACACCCACAGUUUCAACCAUGCAAGCGCAGCAACCUCCUGCUGUCUCAGUGGCACAAGCCCAUCUCCCCCCUGCUGUGUCAAUGGUGCAAGCCCAUCUCCCCCCUGCUGCCUCCUCAGUGGUACAGUCCCAAGCACCUGCCCCUGUUGUUUCAGUGAUUCCAUCCAAACCAGCACCCCCUCCAGCCACAAUGGCACAGUCCCAACCAGUCAUGGCCCAGCCGAUCGGUACGUUGACUAUAAUAUCGCAGCCGAGCGUGGUGCCAGGGUCCAGCACGUUCGGUGUGAUCCCCCAGCCCGGAAGGCCCAGUACAGCAGAUCUCGGAAUGAUCCUGCAAACGGCGAAGACCGUUACCCCUAACCUUGGCGUCGUUUCCCACCCGCCCUCGGCCGCCACACGGAACCCGACCAUCGUCCCCCAGCCUGUCGCGUCCGGCACUCCAAACUUCGGUGUGAUACCCCAGCCCACCACAUCCAACACGUUAAACCUGGCGAUGAUUCUCCAGCCAGCAGCGUCCAGCACGCCAAACUUCAGUAUGAUGCCCCACACAACGGCAUCCGGGAUACAGAACGUUAGUGUGAUACCCCACCCAGCCACAUCCAGCUCUGCAAACCUGGGGAUAAUAACGCAUUCAGUCACGGCCGGUGGACCAAACAUCGGUCUGAUACCCCAGGCCAGCGCCUCCAGUCCGCUUGGUAUGAUACUGCAGUCCCCAACGUCUGGUGUGAUACCCAGUCCAAGCCUGUCCACGGUACCAAACCUUGGUUUGAUACCCCAGGCAAGCACCACCAGUUCUCCAAACAUCGGUGUGUUACACCAGUCCACAGCGCCAAAUGUUGGUGUGAUACUACAGCCUAGCACGACAAACCUCAAUGUGAUACCACAGCCUAGCAUGCCAAGCACACGAAACAUUGGUGUGAUACCCCAGCCUAGCACGUCGAGCGCACCACUCGGUAUAAUUGCCAAGCCAAACACAUCUAGCACACAAAACCUCGGUUUGAUACCGGUACCACAACCAGGCAUCUCAAGCGCCGUAAAUCUCAGUAUGACACCCAAACCCAACCCGCCGGGCACAGCUAACGCUGGUGUGAUACCCCAGACCGGUACAUCGAGUGCACCGAACCACGGUAGGAUACCGCAGCCUAGCUCGUCGGGUGCACCGAACGUUGGUGGGACACCACGGCCGAGCACGUCUAGUGCACCCGACCGUCCACAUGUAGGGACAGACCAGGAGGGAGGCGCAAGACCGCAGCUAGAGCUGUCUGCCAUGGCUCAGCGCAAGCGUCGACUGUCUGAGAGAAGCACAUCACAGGACGCAAAUGGAGAAGGGCCUUUGGAUCUGGCCUGUAUGGAUGAACAGGAGUUUACCUGGGAUGAGUACCUUGAGGACACUGAAGCAAUGGCAGCACCCAACACCUCAUUCAAACAUGUGGAGAUCAGCUUGCAGAGCGGGUUUGUGCCAGGCAUGAAGCUGGAAGUGGCCAACAAGGCCAACCCACAGACGUACUGGGUAGCAACGGUCAUCAUGACAUGUGGACAGCUGCUGCUACUGAGAUACGAUGGUUACAAGAACGACCGCAGUGCUGACUUCUGGUGCGACAUCACGACGGCAGACGUCCAUCCGAUCGGCUGGUGUGCUCAGAACGGGAGGAUGUUGCAGCCCCCAGACGCCAUCCGAGACAAGUGCAGUGACUGGGGCGAGUUUUUGGUGCAGACACUCACUGGAGCACGGACCGCACCAUCUCACCUGCUGGAAGGGCCCAAUAAGGGCAUCAUGCCAGUUGACCAGAUCCGGCCGGGGAUGCGUGUGGAGGUUGGUGAGGAGAAGGAGCCAGUGGCGCUGUGGAUCGCCGUCAUCAUGGAGAACAUCGGGGGUCGGCUGCGGCUGCGCUGGGACGGCGUGGGGAACACACACACACACGACUUCUGGCUCUUCUACCUGUCCCCUCGCCUCCACCCCGUCGGCUGGGCACAGAAACAUGGCUGCUACCUCAAGCCUCCUCAAGUGAUCUCCAGUCUGUGCAGUAACCUGAGCGAGUGGUCGACUGUCCUGCAGCAGGCUGUUCUGGAAGCUUCCUCCAACCCACUUCCCCCUGACGCCUUCAAGGACCAGGUGGAAGUCCGACCACAUUCCUUCCAGGCAGGCAUGAAGCUGGAGGCCAUUGACCCUCACGCUCCUCACACUGUUACCCCAGCAACAGUCACCAAGGUGUUUAGCAGUAACUACUUCCUGGUUGAGAUGGAUGACCUCCGACCUGAGAGACCUGCCACUCGUGGGGUCGUGUGUCAUGCGGGGUCACAGGGCAUCUUCCCAGUGGGCUGGUCCAGCCAGCAUGGGCUCCACCUAUCACCUCCCAAAGGUUUCCAAAGACCCCAGUUUGAGUGGACAGAAUACCUGAGAUUGUGCAAUGCCCAGGCAGCCCCAGAGACCAUUUUUAACAUGUCCGUCCCAGAUCAUGAGUUUGAAGAGGGCAUGAAGCUGGAGGUCGUUAACCCCAUGAACCACGCCGAGAUCUGCGUGGCUUCCAUCACGAAGGUCGUGUCAAGGGUCAUGUUGGUUCGCCUGGAGGGGGCAAAGGUAGCAGCCCACACGGCGCAGAAUAUCGUGGUGGAUGUGGAGUCCAUGGAGCUGUUCCCCGUGGGGUGGUGUGAAACCAACGGGUACCCCCUGUCUACCCCACCCAAGAAAGCUAUAGUGAAAAAGCCCAAGAAGGUUGCAGUUGUUCAGCCAGAAAAACAUGUUGGCAUGGCAACUGCUGGUGGCCAACCAGGGCCAUCCCACUCCAACCAAUCAGACGAUGCCAGGCAUAACGGAUUCAGUGCAUCCCACAAAUAUGAGCCAGGAAACAAGUACUGGUGCCCCAAGAUCUACGUCAACCACAAGUGCUUCUCUGGACCAUACUUGAACAAGGGACGGAUCGCCGAGCUGCCGCGGUCUGUAGGGCCGGGAAGUGUCGUGCUCGUUCUUAAGGAAGUCUUGACGCUGCUCAUCAACGCUGCGUACAAGCCGAGCCGCGUGCUGAGGGAACUGCAGGUCCACGGAGAAGGGAGGGAGGACAGGCACCAACAACAACUGAAGGCCAAGUACAUGGGGAAGAGCUACCGUGCGAUGGUGGAGAUGGUUCGUACGUCGGCUGAGGUGGAGAGCUACUGUAAGGAGAUCUGCCACAAGCUGGAGUGCUGCCCCAACCUGUUUGGUCCACUGGAGGUCACCGAGGAAUGCCCCGAAAACUGCUCCAUCCUCACCAAGACCAAGUACACGUACUACUACGGAAAGCGCAAGAAGGGUCGCGUGGGUCGACCGCCAGGCGGCCACACGAACUUGGAGGGCGGGCCCAAGAAGCCAGGCAAAAGGAAGAAGAGGAAGAAGAUGUGUUUCGUGCAGAGGAAGAAGCGAUCGGCCACCACGGACGAGUCAGCACAGAACUCGCCUGAGGGCGUGGACCAGAACGGGAGCGAAGGGAGCGAAUCGGGAGAGUCGAAAUCUCCGACCCCCGAGGAGGGACAGCAGGUGAGGAACGCUAGGGGAUGGGGCGUCAGGCCGGCUCCGGUGCCCGUGAAGCGCGUCCGCCAGGAGCGGAAGGAGAAGGAGUUCAAGCUGCCGAAGCUCCUGAUACACGAGCGCACCAGACGGCAGACUGCGCCCCCGCGCUCCACCUACGAGCCCUACAUCGCCCCACCCCGCCCAGUCAAACCAGCAGCCUCGCCAACUGCACAGACAUCUCAGGAGGAGGAUAAGUUGAGGCUGGACAGUAACCCGCUUUACUGGUCAGUCAUUGAAGUGGUCAAGUUCAUCAAGGACACCGACUGUGCCCCACUGGCCAAGAUUUUCCUUGAGCAGGAAAUAGACGGCCAGGCUCUGCUACUACUGACCCUCCCCACAGUACAGGAGUGUAUGGAGCUGAAGCUGGGGCCAGCCAUCAAGCUCUGCCACCACAUCGAGCGGGUCAAGAUAGCUUUCUAUGAGCAGUUUGCCAAGUAGGACCGACAACAACUGCAGUAAAAUGUAGAACUGUAUCCCAAAACAACGAGAACAGAGAGAUCAAAUUUUCAACGACCACUGUCGCCUUCAUCAGGAUAAUUAAUGACCAAUCACUUCCGAACAUAAACUCGCGAGAGA